AUAAUGACAACACUGAUACAUAACAGUCAAAAAUUUCACCGAGUUUGCCUGCUUAUUUAGUUUCGUAGAUUGAUAGAUAAAGAUAUUUUAGAAUUCGGAUUUCAUUGGAGUAAACACUUGAAUAAGUUCUAAAGUCCAUUACAAUAGUUAGUUUAUGCUUUGAUGUGAUAUUUUUGUCUCCUUCGGUACAAUGGUAAUUCCAAGUCCAUUCGUGUACUGGGCGCAAACUGAGGACGCUGUUUCGUUGAAAAUAGACUUGAAAAAUGUUAAUCAGCCUGAUGUGAAAGUUCUGGAAAAUAAAGUGAAAUUCUCUGCCCAAGGAAUAGGUGCCAGAGGGCAGAGCCAGUACGAGUUUUCUUUAGACUUGUACUCGUCAGUAAAACCGAAUGAUGGAGACAAUCUGCCAGCAGUGAUGCGUGUGUUCGACAACCGUGUGGAGCUGUCCCUUCAGAAGUCCAGCGUGUCUUGGUGGCCACGACUCACAGCACAGCCGCAAAAGCCCGCAUGGUUGAAGAUAAACUUUGACCUAUGGAAGUCUGAGGACCUGCAAGACAGCGACGAAGAGAAACGCGACAUAAUGAAGGACUAUCCAGGAAUGUACGACAAACUCCACAAGGAGGAGCUGGGCUACAGGAAAGAAGACUUCAAGAAGGUGUACCUGAUCUUCUACAAUCUAUUCCAAGCCAUCGGCUUCACGUACGCUUUAGCAGUGAUGGCCGUCCGCUAUUACAAGUUAGGCUACGACUCUGUCAAGGACACAUUCGAACAUGUCGGCCCCGCCAUGAAGUUUUUGCACCUCAUGCAAAUUUUGGAAAUCCUACACCCCAUAUUUGGGUACACUAAGGGGGGUCCGUUCGCGCCGUUCGCGCAGCUCGUGGGGCGCAUCUUCGUCACGUUCGUGAUGCUCGGCUGCGAGCCGCGCAUGCAGACCAAGCCCGUCGUCUGCUAUCUCUUCGUCGUCUGGAGCAUCAUCGAGAUCGUCAGAUACCCAUACUACAUAUCGCAGCUGUACAAAAAAGAGAUUUACUUCCUAACAUGGCUUCGAUACACCCUCUGGAUCCCACUGUACCCCAUGGGUAUACUCUGUGAAUCUGUCAUUAUACUCCGAAACAUCCCAUACUUCGAGGAGACGCUACGGUUCACAGUAUCCAUGCCUAAUGCGUGGAACUUUACCUUCCACCUACCCACGUACAUGAGAAUACAUCUGCUAUUCCUCACACUGCCCGGUAUAUAUUACCUUAUGAGUCACAUGUACAAGUUAAGAGUAAAGAAACUGAAACCGAAGAUUGUUAUAAAAAAGUCCAAAUAAUUCGAUUUAAGAUUGGUUAUUGCAUAGUUGUAUAUUAGACUGGAUUGAGUAUGAGUGCUCAGAAAUCAAAUGUGUAAAAAUAAUGGAGUACCUACUGAGGGAUUAGUGCGGAUUAGCAUUUCACUUCUCGCCAUCGAAUCGAUUCGAAUUGAGACAAAGCGAACCAAUCACAUUGCGCCAUUGUGACGCAACGACAACCACACUGCAAUGUCACUUGUUCGCUGCGUCUCACUUCGAAUCGAUGUCUGAAAAGGGCUCUCAUUCUACGUCGCGUCGACCGACGCUCGGUCCAGUAGUUCUAGUUAUUAGGUAUUAUAAAAUCUAUAUAAAUACUAAACCUCGAAUUCAUAAAAUAUGAAUUAUGUUUUGUCUCGUUCUAUCAAUGUCAAGUGCGACAAUGACAAAACAUUUUAGCUAUGUAUGUAUGCUACUUUUUUAUGAUAGAGGUAGUAAAAAAAUAACACUAAAUUAGUUGGUUUUAUAGCGCUCAAUACUCAGUCGAGUUUAGUAUAUUUUAUGCCAUAGAGAGAAUAGCCAUAGAAAUAUUUGUAUUUCUUCGGCAAAUUGCGGCAAAAGGAUUGGGUUGCGGGGUAGUUAGUUAUAAAAUAAUGUUAAAUGGCAAAAGUUAUCGGCAAAGUUUUCUUUUUUGAGACAAGGGAUUGUGAUUAUGUUUGGCUCAAACCAAAGUAAUAAUUUUAAGCUUAUACUUAUGUUUAGUUAACCUAAUUGUGGGCAAAUUAAACUUUAUUUACUUCACUCCCAUGAAUAUUAAAUAGAUAUUGUAGACUGUUUAGGUAGGUAAACGUCUAAGGAAAAAGAUUUCACCAAAUGUAGUCAAUUCAAUUGUGAUUAUAAUCAUUUUUCGGCAAAUUGUGGCAAUUAUUUAAGAUUUUCUUUGCAUAAUUAAAAUAAGAAGGCAAAAUAUGACAUUUGUUUACCAAUUCAUUAGUAAUUUAAUAUAUUAAUUUGUAUUAAUUUGGUAUAGUUUCUUUCACAAUAAAUCAAUAUUAAAAGUGGAGCUCUAUGUUGUGCCUGGAAACACUGCUUGGAUAUUUUUUCCACUGUCAUAUGUGUGCGUCUGACAUAAUUAAUGGUAACCCAACGAAGUAGUAGAACGUUAUGCAUGGUAGGAACUAAAAUUAUGAGCAAAAAUGCUGAAAUCUGAUGAAAACCUACUACUAGAUGAAAACUGAAUUAUCUAUGGUUUGUCUGCACAGUAGAUGGGUUGAAGGUAAACCAUAGACAAACAGGUUGGGUCUCAUUCUUAAAAUUCUACUAUGUUAUUACAAAAUCGAUGCUAUACCAUUGUAAAAGUAAAAUAUUCUGUUUUUACAUUGUUUUGUAUACUGUUAUUUAAAUAGCACUAGAUUUACUUUGACUGAACUAAAAGCAUUUGAAAAGUAAAAUUGUUUAUAAAACAAA